UAUUUUACUGAAAUAGUUUAAAAUCUGCGCCAUUAUGCGGACAGACCAAAUAAAAGCGAAUAGGCUCGCCAAGAAGUCUAUCGGGGCCUUUGCAAGGGAGAAUAGGGUUGGAAACCCCAAGUUCAGAAGGCACGAGAAGAGCUGAGACGGAGCUAGACAACAGAAGGCAGAGUGGAUUUUUGAUAAGGACAAGUUGAGUUUUGACGCCCCGAUGUACCUUGAUAUGACUAAGACUGGGUUUCUGCAGGAGUUUGACCAUGAGACUCAGGAAAUUUUUGACUGGUUUAGUGAGGAGAAUAGGUAUAGAAGGCCACAACUCACUGAGAUCCAUAAUCGAAUAAAAGGAGGAAUGAUGGGGCUUAAAAACAGAGAUAUCCAGAACUAACAAAAAUAAGGGGAACACAAAAAGAUCUCUAAGUAAUGAAAAUUUAAAUAACUCAAGUAUUCUUUCAACAGCUUUUAAGAAGAAGCCUGAGUGUAAAGAGACCAAGAUUCCACGGCUAAAGCAGAAAACUUUAAACAGCAACUUUAAACAAGAAGGACUCCAAAAGGAAAAACGCGUUGGUAUGAUCAGGACGACCAGGAAUGAGGUUGACCAGACCAAAAAAUAACCAAUCAAAAAUGAAGGAAAUAGCCAAAAUUAUCAAAGCUCCACUUGGCAAACGAAAGCCUAAAGUUGACUUCAUCGCUAAGAACAAACAGAAAAUUCGGGAAAUGUCUGCUGAAAUCAAGAACCGGCAACCAAGGAUCAGGCAGAAUAUGGACCCUAAGUUUAUAAACAGAAAGAAAACACCCUGAGAUCGGUCAAGAAUGAACACAACUGGAAUUCGGAAAUUCGAAGUUGGAAAAUG